UUAGCGAAUAGAGACCAGAAUUUGAUUUGAAAAUAAUACGCUAUUUUUUCAUCUGAUGAUGAAAAGACGUCAAAAUAUCUGAACUGAAGACAAAACAUGACUACUAGGAAUGCAACUGAAAUUAAAACAAGUGAAAACCAGUCCAAGUUCAUUCAAGACCGGAUAGGGCAGGUAGAGAAGUAUUUUGGUGAAAUAUGUUACCAUUUUGGCGCCUAUGCAAGAAAAUGUGCCAAGCUCCGGGACAAAGGUGAUGAGGUGUGUAAGAGUGUCAUGGACUAUGCUAUCAACAGCACCUUAAAUGGGACAUCCAAGACAGGCCUGACCCAGUUUGCAGAAUACCUGUCGGCAGUGCAAGAUUACAGGAAUGCGCAGGUGCAGAGACUGGAAGCCAAGGUGAUAGCCCCAUUGUCUACAUAUGGGAAUGCCUGCAAGCAUGCCAGAGAGGAUCUGAAGGCAGCCUUUGCUGCUAGAGGCAAAGAAGAAAAACAGCAGAAGCAGUAUGAUAAAAUCAGGGAGAAAAACCCCAGUGAUCGCCAGCAAAUUUCCCAGGCAGAGACAGAGCUCCAGAAGGCUCACGUAGACGCCUCAAGGACCAGCAGGGCACUGGAGGAACAGAUGGAUGAGUUUGAGAAGAAAAAGUUGGGAGACAUCAAGGUAGUUUGGUUGCAUUACAUUAAGUGUUAUAUUACAAUGGAUGUUUUCAUAGUUUAAAGUGUACUGUCUGUU